CAUCUUGUUUGUAAACAAACUUACACUACCACCAUAACUAAUUUAGCUUACCAGUAACUAGAUCUACAGUAUACAGUCAGUACGGUGUCAUGUGGAGACGCAGUUUUUAAUAUUUAAAAAAUCCUUUGCAAUGUCAGUUGAACUUUUAGAAGACAAAUAUCCACUCCAUAGAGCUGCAAGAGAAGGCAGACUUGAAGAUUUGAAAAAACUUUUGGAGUCAAAGAAAUAUGAUGUCAAUAAAGCAACAUUUGAGAUGGUUCGGCCAUUGCAUGAGGCUUGUUUAGCUGGGAAUUUAGAGUGUGUUGCUCUUUUGAUACAACAUGGGGCUAAUGUGAACUUGGCCAACAUUGAUGGUGCCACAGCCCUGUGUGAUGCCUGCUGUAAUGGCAAUGUUAAGUGUGUGGAGCUGUUGUUGGAGCAUGGGGCUCUGGUGAACCCACCCCUGCUUUUCUCAACACCAGUUCAUGAAGCUGUCUUUAGGGAUAACUGGGAGUGUCUGUUAGUUCUCCUCAAGCAUGGCGCCUCCAUGGACAAAAGUGAUUGCCACUUCGGCACACCCCUCCAUGUUGCUGCUUGUAAAGGGCAUAAAACAAGUGCUGAGGUUCUGUUAAGGGCUGGAGCCAAUGCUAAUAUAUCCAAGAUCUACCAGACACCACUUCACGAAGCAGCCAGGAGUCAGGACCACCAGUUUGUUGAGUUGUUGCUGGAGCAUGGUGCUUGUGUCUAUACAAAAAACAGUAAAGGCUACACUGCCAGGCAGCUGGUUCCUUCCAGCACGUCCCAGUGUAAAUCCUUACUGCAGGAGUGGGAAAGUAUACCCCGGUCCCUGAAACACUACUGUAGGCUGACUAUCCGAGCAAGUCUGGGUCCCCAACGUUUGAGGUACACAUCACAGCUGCGGCUUCCUAAGCCUCUUGUGCGUUUUCUAGAUUUUCAGUAAAUUUUAAGUUUUUGUGCAAUUAACAAUCAUUGUAGAUCUUAAAAAUUAAAGGGCAUUAUUGUAUUUGAUGAUACAACAUGAUUUUUGUAAAUUCCAUAGUUAAUGUAGUUUUUAAAAAAAAUCUAGCUGACUUGUUUUUGAUGUUUCCACAUACUGACUGUGAUCAUUGUAAUUAUAUGUACCCCAUUCUUAUUUGUCAAUAUGUAAAUAAUGUUGUUUCUUAACAUUUUAUGCCAUAAUAUGUUAAAUUUUUUUUUUUUAUAUAAUUAGUAUAAAAUUGUGUAUAUAUAGCCAUUUAAAGUUUACAUUUUUUGUUUUUGUUGUUAUUUAACAGUGAGGCAUGAACUAUAACUCGCUAUAAAAUCUUAGUUUUUGGGCUGUUAGACUCUGGGGAAUAUAUU